UUUUUACCUUUUCAUGCUGUUUAUGGAGUUCUCAAAGCAAGAAUGUGGUUUGCCAUUCCCUUCUCCAGCGGAUCAUGUUUUGACAAUACUCUCUAUCUCCAUAUGGGUGGCCAUACAUGGCAUGGGCCAUAAUUUCAUUAACUUAUACAAUGCUGUGAUCCAUGUAAUCAUUUUGGUUAGUUUUCUGUGAUUAUGGUUUUCAUUCUGUCUGCCCUCUGAUGGAUGAGGAUAAGAGGCUUGUGCAAGCUACCUGAUGAGAGGGACUGACUGGGGAAAACUGGUUCUUGCUCUGAUGGGCAAGUAAAUGGUGCCCAGUAAAUCUUUAAUCCAAUUAAUCUUUUUUUUUUUUUGACAGGUGGGAUUGUGUUCUGUCCCUGUAGUUUGGCCUAAGGGCAAACUAUAGUAGGAGUAAUGGUAACCUCAUUCAAAAGGACUUAUGCCAGCAUGCCACACCUCCCAGGACCACUACUGUCAGUGCCCCCACCACUAUCAACCCAUGCCACUGUCAACCCAUGCCUCUGCCAGAGACUCCCAAACACUCACAAGCAAGUGUGGCUCAGUCUCUUGUGGGGUCACUACUCCUUUCUCCUUGGUCUCCAAUGUUUUGUUUGUGUCCUCCAGAUGUCCAUUGUUAGGUUGGUAGUAAUUUAGAUUAUGAAUAAGAGAAGUAGAUACUCUCUAUAGUCCUUAUUAUUGUUUUUUCUCCCUAAGGAAAAAGUGGGCAUCAUAUAAACUAAUAAAGGAAGUUGCAGUAUGCACCUAUGUAGGAGUGAGUAGUUUGCUUGUAUUUACUGAGCUUUUUUUCAGCUAGUUCAUUUUACUUUCUUUUUAGUGAAUGUUUGGGUUUGUAAUGAGCCCUCUGAAUUGUACAUUAAAUUAUAGACUUUUAAAGCUAAGGUUAAUAAUUGGAUGUUGAGAAAAUGUAUACAUUUAAGAAAUUAGUUAAAACUGAAUACCAUAUGAGUAAGAUUAAGAGUAAAAUUUCAAAUAUAAUAGAAUGAAUGUCUCUAUAAAUACUUUAAGUCAUAAAAGUUGUGCAUACCGACAGAAGUGUGCAUCCAAAUUGUCUAUAUGUGAAAUGCUGCUGUAUCUAAUCAGUGUUUCUGACCCAUAGACCUGGAAAUACGUUCUCUAGAACUGGGUCCAUGAAACCAUAAGGAACAAAGAUGUCACAAAGCAUGUGGAGAUAUAUGUAACAAGAAUAUUUUUUCUUUAUUAUUUUGGCUAUUACUUCAUGCAUUAAAAAUGAGCUAUAGAACUUAUUAUUUAGCAAUAUAGCUUUAAUAAAUAUAUUUUCUUUGUAAUUGAUGUGCUAAAUAAUUUAUAAAUUUCAAAUUUUCUUAAGAGCCAGCAUUUUUCAGUGAUUAUUUGUGAAUAAUUGACUAAUUUUUUUCCUCUGUGUAGUUGAACCUUGAAGUGAUUACUUGCUAAAGAAAAGAGCUUCAUAUAUGAUACAGCUGUUUUCACCAUAUGCAAAAGGAAAGACUGAUGUGAAUUGAAGAGAUGGGCAUCUGCAAUCAAACCACGGUGACUCAAUUUAUCCUCAUAGGGCUUUCUGAUCGCCCCGAGGUGCGCUACCCUCUCUUUGUGGUCUUUACUAUCAUCUAUCAGGUCACCUUGGUGGGAAAUGGAGUUAUUCUCUUGGCCAUUGGAACUGAGAAAAAACUGCACACACCCAUGUAUUACUUUUUGGCAAAUCUGUCCCUCUUAGACAUCUUCUGCCCAUCAGUUACUGUCCCCAAGAUGCUGGAGAACCUCUUGACUGAGAAGCAUAGCAUUUCCUACAUUGGGUGUGCUUUGCAGCUUUAUUUUCUGGUGGCGCUUGUGGGGACUGAAGUCUUCCUUCUCUCUGUCAUGGCUUAUGACAGGUAUGUGGCCAUCUGUUUCCCUCUCCGUUACACCCUCAUCAUUACCAAGGUUCGCUGUGUUCAGCUGAUGGCUGGGACUUGGGUAGCAGGGUUUCUCAAUUCCCUCCUUCAUACAGUGUCCACAUUCCGCCUUUCUUUCUGCAAGUCCAACCAAGUUAACCAGUACUACUGUGACAUCCCACCAGUGGUCACUCUCUCAUGCUCAUCCACCUAUGUGGCAGAAAUGCUUAUUUUGGUGGAAGCAGGUAUCCUGGGGAGCAGUGCCUUCCUGGUCAUCUUUAUCUCUUAUUUCUACAUCAUAUCUACCAUCCUAAAGAUCCAGUCAGCAGAAGGGAAGCGUAAAGCCUUUUCCACAUGUGCUUCCCACCUUCUGGUGGUCUGUUUAUUCGGUGGCACAACAAUAUUUACCUAUGUACGUCCCUUUUCCAGUCAACACUCCCCAGCAAGAGAUAGACUCAUCUCCAUGUUAUAUGGAAUUAUUACACCAAUGUUAAACCCCAUGAUUUAUAGCAUGAGAAACACAGAGGUGAAAGGAGCAAUCAGAAGGCUCUUAUAUCAGAAAGCAUGUUUACAGCAAGUCUAAUGUUAAAAGGGAAUGAUUCAAUAUUUAUUUUAGCAUGAAUACAUAGAAUAAUUUUUAAUUGUUACAUAUGAAAUGCAUACUUACAUACAGUUAGAAAUUUUCACACAGGUGCAAAUGCAUAUAAUCUUAAUUAUACUUCUCUAUGGGGCUUCUCUGGAGAAGGAAAUGGCAGCCCACUCCAGUGUUCUUGCCUGGAGA